CCCUUUCCCACAACUCCUCGCAGCCAGCAAGAUGGCGGCGAGCAGCGGCAGCGCCGGCUCCACAGGCCCAGGUGGGCCGGUGUCGUUCGGCUUCAGCCGAAAAGCGGAGAGGAGGCGGCUGCUGGCGGCCGGGCCUUGCUCCGAACCGGAGAACGACGGUGCGGACACCGAUUACCUCACGGCGGUAGAGGACCGCGAGUUACUGAGGGCGGUUUUGUAUGAAGGGACGGUGGCGUGGAGGGUCGACCGCGUGUUGUGAUUGGUCAAUUGGUGAUUGUGGGGGCGUGGCUAAAACGUUGGCCACGCCCACCAGUGCCAAGCCGGCCCCGCCCCCUCCGAAGGACCUCGUGAUCCCCCUUCGCCCCGCCCGCCGUUGGAGGAACCCGGAAGCACCAAGCUCCGCCCCCUCUUCGCCAGGCCACGCCCCCUCCGCCACAAACCACGCCCCCCUUGCCUCAGGCCACGCCCUCGAGGGGGACCCCAUUACCUUGGAAAUAGCGGCACUACAGGAGCUGCUGCGGGAGGCACGGCAGAGCCAGGAGCACGGCCAGGAGACCCCCAGUGCUGCCCCCAUCCCCAUGAGGAUGAAGGAGGACAACGUGGGCAGCGGCGCUCUGCCCACCCCCGAGGACUACGCAGCAGUGCCCGUGUCCGCCUUUGGGAUGGCGAUGCUGCGGGGGAUGGGCUGGAAAAAGGGGGAGGGCAUCGGGCGCACCUUUAAGAGGGUGGUGAAGCCUUUGGAGCAGCGCCUCCGCCCGCGUGGUUUGGGGCUGGGGGCCGAACCCGCCCCCCCCCCCUCCUCCUCCGGCCCCCCAAAUUCGGGUGGGGGGGGACGACGGGAAGACCCCCACUCAUCCACCGGGGGGGGGCUGAGGGUGGGGGACGACGUCCGCAUCCAAUCCGGCCCCCACCGCGGCGUCUGCGGAAAGGUGGAGGCGUUGGACCCCGAGACGGCGCGGGCAGUGGUGCGGCUGCAGCUGGGGGGGCAGGCGGUCACCGUCAGCCAGCACAGCCUCACCGCGCACCGCGCCCCCCCCCAGCGCCCCCCCGGAGCAGAGGAGGGGUCGCAGCCCCCACCCCCCCCCACCCCCAACAGCAGCACUGGGAAACGGAGGCGGAGCCCCGAGGGGAGGACGGCGAAGCAGAGCCGCGCCCCCCCCCAUUGGCUGCGGAGGGAUCUGAGGGUGCGCUGCGUCGAUCGCGGCUUCCGGGGGGGCCGCUUCUACAACUGCAAGAUGCAGGUGGAGGAUCUGCUGUCCCCGGACAGCUGCGUGUGUCGCACCGACGACGGCCGCCUGGUGGAGGGUCUGCAGGAGGCAAUGCUGGAGACGGUGAUCCCCCGUGGCCCCAACGACCGCGUGAUGGUGGUGCUGGGCGAGCACCGCGGCCAGGUGGGCCGCAUCCUGGAGCGCGACCCCGAGCGCGGGCGGGCGGUGGUGCAGCUGCGGGGGGGGGUGCUGACCCUGGGCUACGAUUCCCUCUGCCAUUUCCUGGGGGGGGACGACGACGACGACUGACGGACCCCCCCCCCAAAAAAAACGCCCCCCUUUUCCACCCCAAAAAUCCACGGCGUGGAAAUAAAGCGGUGCCCCCACAGUUGGGGUUGGAGAAAACGGA